AUGGCAUAUGCCCCCCUACGCUCAGCAGAUGGUACCACACUUCUAAAAGAUAAAGAAGCUAUUGCACUGUGCUGGAAAGGACACUACCAACAUCUCCUUAACCACAACUCCCCCAUAGCUGCAGAGGUCCUCUCACAAAUCCCGCAAAAACAAAUUAGAGAUGAGCUUGCAGUAUCUCCAAAUCUGGGAGAGUUGUGUACAGCUAUUAACCAAGUGAAAAACAACAAAGCCAGUGGACCUGAUGGGAUACCUGCUGAAAUCUUCAAAGUGGGUGGAACUGAACUUACACAACAACUUCACAAGCUCAUCAAAAAAAUCUGGGAGAGAGAAGCGAUCCCAGCAGACUUCAGGGAUGCCAAAAUUAUCAAUCUCUUUUUAAAAAGGUGACAGAACUGGGUACAGCAAUUGUCUGUUGCAGUGGGGAUUGCCUAGUGAUAAAUAUGCUAUUUGCUUGAACCUGGAGGAAAAGAAAGACCCCCCAAAAAGCUGUAAGAGAAGAAGUAGGUCCUCUCCUGCCAGUUGGCAUUUUACAUCAUGAGUAAAAACAAUGGUUUUGUCUCCCGUGGUAGCUAACUGUACCAUAUAAACUACCCAGAAGCAACAUGGAGGAAAGUAAGACACAGAAUGGGCCAAACUUGAAUGAAUCCAUGUAUUUGUUACAGUAAAUUUAUCUUUCCGCUUUCUCAUCUGUGCCAGUAAGUGCAUAUGACCCCAGUGAUAACUCCAGUUGAAAAGUGUUUUUUUAAAGAGAUCUGGAAGAUCAGGAAAGUGAAACCUCAGGUGCCAGGGCAGAAUGUCACCACAUUGAGCAUAUUGCAAAGGAAGUUAUCAGAGCAUGGAGUUCAAGACAUUUCUGUCCGAAAGAGGUUGUAGCUGGUGAACCUGCUGGAGCUGAAAAAGGCACUCCUAGCCACUGAAGUCAUCUGAGACUCCAAUGACAGUGUUAAAUCCAGGAAUAUCUCCAAGCUCCUUCCAGGGGAGUGCAACCGCAUCCAGGGCAGGCCGUCUCCCCACCUCUUAGACAUGAGAAAUGAGGACGCACAACACCUCUGUCUUUUCAAGAUUCUCCUUCUGUUUAUUGGCCCACAUCCAGCCCAUCACUGCCUUUAAGCACUGGUCUAACAUCUCAACCACCUCUUCUGUUUCAGACAGAACAGAGAGCCAGAGCUAGGUAUGAUCUGUACAGUGGUACCUCAGGUUAAGUACUUAAUUUGUUCCGGAGGUCCGUUCUUAACCUGAAACUGUUCUUAACCUGAAGCACCACUGUAAUGGGUUUAGGGGUUGCUCGUGUGUAAGUUGCCGCCACUCCUGGCUAGGUUACCUGGUUAACCCUUUCUGACUGAACAGCCUCCAGCAUCGUGACUGUCUCAGUCGCUGGCAGAAUCCGUCAGUGGGCGUUUCUUAAACCUUUUCCAGCAUAAAAGUUGUUUGACGCCAAGUCUCCUCCUACUCUCCCUGCGCGGAAGUCUUCUGCGCAGGGAGGGUGUGGGCAGCGGAGUACCCGUACUCUCUCCGCUGGUCUCCGGCGAAGAGUCUUGGAGCCUCCUCCCCGAUUCCCCACCUGCCCCCCUUCUCCACUGGUGUUACGCUGAUUUCCUUCCCCAGCAGAUGGGCUGCCUGUCUCCCUACUGGGACCCUCUCCUGCAUCCCUUUGGAGCCUUCCCUCCGCCUCUAGCUCCGAUGGCAGUUCCCUGACAACCACUUUAGCUAAUGGGGCCUCCUGCUGCUGCCGCGCCACCAGAGCACGAUUUCUGUUCUCAUCCUGAAGCAAAGUUCUUAACCCGAGGUACUAUUUCUGGGUUAGCGGUGUAUGUAACCUGAAGCGUCUGUAACCUGAAGAGUAUGUAACCCGAGGUACCACUGUAUAUUAAUGGCACUUCGCUCCAAAUUUGUGACACCCAGAAUCAGAUGCCUGAGGUGACCACUAUGUCCAAUGGUAGGACUGGCUGCUGAGGUGAGGCAACAGUAAGUAAAAGGGCUACCUAUUUAGUUGGUAUCAUUCAUGAAUAAUACUACAAUAUGUUGCAGUUCUGAAGAGAAGCCCAUGUGGUUUGCUAAUCCCUCAUCUCCAUAACAAACCACCCCUGAUUCAUUCAUGUUAAGCUGUUGGCAGAAAUCAAAAGUAUAACAGGAAUACAUUUUCACCCUCAUGAAAGAAAGAACUAGCAGUGGAAAAGCAUGUCUUGACCCUUCUUAUAUGUGGUUUGUAAUCUAUGUUCAAUACAUCUGAUUCUUGGGAGCCAAGGUUGCUGUGACUCAAAAUGAUGGCACGUGCCUCUGCUGGUAUUAAGGCAUAUUAUAAACUAGGGGAGGCAAAGCAAUCUAAAAGUUACAGUGGACAAACAGUAGGAAGCAGCUGUUGCCUUCAUACUUCUGACUUCCCAGAGAGCUUUGGCUGGAAAUAGAAUGGACCAUCAAUGAUGAUAUCACUUCCUCCUUGUGAUACGCAAAUUCCUAAUCCAGGGAUGGGGAAACCUGUGGCUUUCCUCAUGUUGUUGGACUUUAAAUUACAUCCAUCCCAGCCAAGAUGACCAGUGGUCAAGGAUGGUUGGAAUUGCAGUAUGAUGGCAAACAUUUGAUGGAAAACAGGUUACCUACCCAUAUCUUAAUCUAUUCUCAAUAUGAUCAUCAUGAUAGAUGUGAGAAGAGCCUGUGAGUUUUGAUUCUUUGAGCAUGGCAAGUUGAUCGUAUGCAAACACUGGCAUGCAUAGAAUAUAAUUUUUCUGGGAACCAUGAGAAAAAGGACUUCUUAAUGCAUACAGAAAAUUAAAUAAAGUAUAGGGGCAUGGUUGGUGCACCAUAGACUGGAAACCAAAGAGCAAGCAACCUCUAUAGGCUAAAGUGCCAUGGUUAGGAGAAUAGGCUCGUAGUCUUUAAUCAGAGUUAUUUUAGAACAUAGUGUCUCUCAGUCAGUUGGAAAGAACAAAAUGAUUGUGUUCUCUUUUUUUAUUAAAUGCAAAAUACUUGGGACAGCAAUGGCCCCACUGUCUGGCCUUUGGCAGAUUUCAGGUUUUGAAUGAGUAGAACAUGAGAAAGUGUGUGCCUCUUUGUAUAAGUGUAACCCAUUAGAAAAUAUAAUACAUGAAUCAGAAAGGUGGAGUCUGGGUUUGCUCAGAUCUCUUACAUCCUUCAGGCUAGCCCUGUUCGCCUAAGCAGGUUUAAGAAUUCAAUAUAUGCUUACUACCCAUUUUUCAGAAUGGUGUUAGAAAAAUUAUCCCAGGCUGUUAAAAGUAUAUAAGAGGUCUGGUUAUUUCACAGUGGGCAGGGAACUAGUGAAGCCUGUGACCGAGAUACAGGCAAUCAAUAGCAAUUUUCAUGCUGACAAAAUAUAGGCACCUGCUAGAAAACUUAGGCUGCUGGAAUUAUAUCAUCUAUCUCUAUUUGUUUUUCAAGAGUGCUGUAGAACUUAAUGAUCAAAUAUAAGGCAGUAACCUUCAGGGAAUGUGUGGUGUCCUUUUGCAAAAGAAAAUGGUAUUUUAUUACCAAUCCAUUUCAGGCAAAAGGGGAUAGCGGAAAACGUAACUCACAACCCCAGCAUGUUAAUUGCACACAAAAUCCCUUAUCUAAUCAGAAGAGGUCCUCACUUCACCCUAGUAACCAAAAUCAAGAGCCAUCUCUUGACACCACUGAAGAGCUUUUUCACAUCAAUGCUGGCUGCCUAGUGGGAAGAAUCAACUAUUGGAUUAAUUCCAGGGAAUUCUGUAUUAUUGUGAGGUUUUUAUUUUAUUUUAAUUUUUUUAAAAGAGACUGGUAUUUCAUCCCAGCAAAAUUAUAUAUAAGCAGACAAAAUACUGAUCCUCAAAAUACAAAUAAUACAGCUACUGGUAACACAUAUGCGGUACCCAAAAUCUUGCUGGCACACAAUCUGUAAAUUUCUUUCCCUAACAAAUAAUACUGAUGUUUGUGGAAGGGAAAGGCAGAACUCACAUUUUGCAUAAUACAAAUUAUUUGUACAGUGGUACCUCAGGUUACAUACACUUCAGGUUACAUACGCUUCAGUUUACAGACUCCGAUAACCCAGAAAUAGUGCUUCAGGUUAAGAACUUUGCUUCAGGAUGAGAACAGAAAUCAUGCUUCGGCAGCGUGGGAGCAGCAGGAGGCCCCAUUAGCUAAAGUGGUGCUUCAGGUUAAGAACAGUUUCAGGUUAAGAACGGACCUCCGGAAUGAAUUAAGUACUUAACCCGAGGUACCACUGUAUUGUAGAAAGUAUGACUGCUAUUAACUGCUAUGUGUGGGUGGAGAAAAGGAGUCUCAGUACAAUAAAAGGGGGAUUGGUAAAAUAAUUUUGUAGUCUCGUUGGUUCAUGCUUUAGUUGAGGGGCUCCCAAACUGUGGUCUGUGAAUCACCAGUGUUUUGCGAGCUUCAUUUCUGUUGUCUGUGGCAUUUCUGUGGAUUUGUGGUUAAAGACAGAAGAUGGCACAUCCAUCACGUCAAAUAUCCAUACUCAUUUCAAUUGUAUUUUUAUUGCUUCUUUUCAUUCUUUUAUAUUGCAUUUUAUUGUAUUUGAAAUCAAAAUCAUCAAGUCAUCUGCCAAGAGCCUCAGCAGUCUUCAAGUGGUCAACAGAAGGGAAAGGUUUGGGAACCACUGUUCUAGUUACCACCAGAUUAGAUGACUAUGAUGUGCUGUACAAAAGACUGUCCUUGAAGUUCUGAUGUUUCUUAGAACCUGCCUGCGUUCUCUCUCUCCUCUCACACAAACGAACUGUUUUCAGUACUAUGGCUGGGUACUGCACAGAGUUUGGCUGUUGCAUCCAAGAUCUGGAGUAGCCUCCUGCUUUUAGACAGUCAGCAGACAGUUUUUCACUUUGGUGAGCUUUUGCAAAUUAUUUCCAUUAAGUUGAUUUUACACUGCUGCUUCCUUUUUAGCUGAUUGUGAUAUGUGUUGUUGUUUGUAUUAUUUAUGUAUUAUCUUAGUUCUCUUGUUUUGCAACUUGCCUUGAGAAAGGUGGGAAAUACAUUUUGAGCAUCAUUUUAAAAAAGCUGCUUCUGAAAGAUGAUUGAGAGAAAAAUCUGUUUUUGGAAAUUUUUAAGAGGGAAAUUUGGAAUACAUUUGCCACUUAACAUAAGUAAAAUUACAGCACCACACUUAUUUAUUAGGUAUUGAAAUGUGGUUUGCAUGGGUGCCCUUGUUUCUGCAGCUGAUAAUCAUUCUAUUUCUGGUUCCAAACAGGACUUCAUUAUGGACAGAGACCUCAAAGAUUACAGUAACAGGACACUUGCCACAGAGAACAACUCAGCCCCUUCCAAGGGCUCCCAUUUUCCUACCUGGGAAGACUAUAAAAACAGCGUAGAUGACAUUCAGUACUUCCUGAUUGGGCUUUACACUUUCAUCAGCCUCGCUGGCUUCAUAGGAAACCUGCUGAUCCUCAUGGCUCUAAUGAAGUGCAAGCAAAAAACCAUAAUAAACUUCCUCAUUGGCAACUUAGCCUUUUCCGACAUACUAGUGGUGGUCUUUUGCUCUCCCUUCACCUUGACCUCAGUUCUACUUGAUCAGUGGAUGUUUGGAGAAGUCAUGUGCCAUGUGAUGCCUUUCCUCCAAUGCGUGUCUGUCCUGCUGUCCACCUGGAUGCUGAUUUCCAUUGCUGUGGUCAGGUACUGUUUGAUCCGCCACCCUCUUUCUAGUAACCUGACGCUGAGACACGGCUGCUACCUCAUUUUCGCCAUCUGGACUCUUGGCUUAGCCAUUUGCUCCCCUCUGCUUGUUUUCCACAAGCUCGAAGAUCUCCACCUGGAAGCACUGAAAAGCAAGCGCUUGUGUGUGGAGUCCUGGCCAUCUACGGGCUACAGGGUUGCAUUCACUAUUUCCUUGUUGCUCAUGCAGUACAUUUUGCCUUUGGUUUGCCUCACCGUCAGUCACACCAGAGUCUGCAGGUCCGUAAGUUCCAGAUUGUCAGGCAAAGAAAACAAACUGGAAGAGAACGAGAUGAUAAACUUAACCCUCCAUGCACCCAAGAGCCAGGGGCCUCAGGGACAGCUCUCUAGCUCCGAGAGGUGGAGUUAUACUUUGGUUAGGAAACAUCGGAGGAGGUACAGCAAAAAGACAGCUAGCGUGGUGCCAGCAAUAUUAAGGCACCAUCGGGGCAAUACUUCUGGGGAUCUCCCUGAAACAUCAGGGACAGAAAGAAGUCAGCUUUCGUCCAGCAAAUUCAUCCCAGGGAUUCCCAUCUGCUUUGAGGUGAAACCAGAGAGUUCUGAAACACAGGAUGGGAUUACAAUAGCCCGAUCCACCACUCGGAUUCGGAAAAGGUCUCGGAAGGUUUUCUGCCGACUGACGGUGCUGAUUAUAGUUUUUGCAGUCAGUUGGAUGCCUCUUCACGUUUUCCACGUUGUAACAGAUUUUAAUGGCAAUCUCAUCUCAAACAAGCAUUUUAAAUUGGUGUACUGUAUUUGUCAUUUGCUGGGCAUGAUGUCCUGCUGUUUAAAUCCCAUUCUAUAUGGAUUUCUUAAUAACGGCAUAAAAGCUGAUUUGAUGGCCCUUAUUCCAUGCUUACAAUUAUCAUAA